AUGUCUGAAUUGUUGUCCCCAGUACUUGCUUACUUGCCUCCCUUCGAGGGUCUCCUGCCCAAAUGGCUCGUUUUCGUGUCCGCCGUCUCCGCCCUCAAUAGUUUGCAGGCCUACUCCUCCGCCGAUUACACCUCAAAGCUCUACACCAAUGGCUCCGUUGCCUGUGAACCCCUGUCCGGUCGUCUCUUCGGUACCUGGACCUUCCUCUCUGCCGUCAUUCGCAUGACCGCUGCCUACAACAUCACCAACCCCGUCGCAUACGAUCUUGCGAUCUGGACUUAUGCCAUUGCUCUCACACACUUUGUCGGAGAGCUGGUCUUUGGUAAUGCCUCGCUGAAGGGUCGCUUCAUUAGCCCGUUGAUCGUGGCUUCAUCUUCAGUAGCUUGGAUGUUGACCCAACGUGAGGCGUAUCUGGGUUAA